GCAAGCUGUUCAUACCAAAUUAAUAGCUUUCAGAGUCUUGCAUAUAUACGGGUAAAGCACGUAGCUCUGAGAAAACAUUGUAGUCUAAGCAUCCAUUCUUAUAAAUCCUCUGCGUGUGUGUGUGUCUAAGAAAUCAAGAGAGUCGUUUAAUCUCAUAGGAAAAACCAGCCAUGGUAGAUGUGUUGACGGAAGAGCAAACUGCUGAGUUCCAGGAAGCCUUCUGUCUAUUUGACAAGGAUGGAGAUGGGUGCAUUACCUUCGAGGAACUAGCCACUGUAAUCAAAUCUCUGGACGACAGUGCCACAGACGAAGAGUUACAUAUUAUGAUCAGUGAAGUUGAUGUUGAUGGCAAUGGAACCAUAGAAUUUGGGGAGUUCUUGAAUCUAAUGGCAAGAAAAAUGAGGGAAAAUGAUGCAGCUGAGGAACUGAAAGAGGCUUUCAAGGUUUUUGACAAGGAUCAAGAUGGCUACAUUUCACCUAAUGAGUUGAGGCAUGUAAUGAUCAAUCUAGGAGAGCAAUUGACAGAUGAAGAGUUAGAGCAGAUGAUCCGAGAGGCUGACUUGGAUGGAGAUGGUCAGGUUAGCUACGAGGAAUUUGUGAGAAUAAUGCUGGCUGUUUGAGCAAAUAUUUAUGAUAUAUAUGAUUCUAUGUACAAGAUGAUAUCUGUUUGAGCAAAUAUUUAUGAUAUGAUUCUAUGUACAA